AUUACAGGCGGAGUUUCUAAGACUAUUACUUGAAACAAAAUGAGGUCGAUAUAUUCCGUUAGCCUAUUGGAUGUUGAAGACGCAACAACAACCUUGAGUGAUCAUUGGUUGGCCGUUGUGUUGCUUUGAUAUCCUUACACAUUACACGUUCAUUUUUAGUUUACACACUCAUCAGUAAUUCCUGUUGGUUGUUGUCGUUAGUAAAUAUGAUAACGGUGUUUAGCUUUUGACUUAACACUACAUAUUUCUCCUUCUAGAAUCCCGUGGUAUUUGGUCUGCUGUCACUUUACCUCGUCUGCGCAAAGGCAAAUUACAUAGACGCAAACAAACUACUAGCUGGCCUUUUCAAUUACUAGUGGCGAUAAUGCAUAGCGUUUCAGAACACGAAGACCCUGACCUAUAUUUUGAGCCUGUUAUUACUCUUCCCCCUUUAACAGUCUGUAGUUCUGAGGAGAAUGAAGAGUGUUUAUUCAAGCAGAGAGCACAGCUGUUUCGUUUCGACACUAUUGACGAUCCCCCAGAAUGGAAGGAGCGUGGGGUUGGAGUGCUAAAAAUUCUACGUAACAGGACCAGUGGUUGCUAUCGCCUAUUAAUGCGUCGGGAUCGCACGUACAAGGUUUGUGCCAACCAUUAUCUCCUUAAAAAUAUGUACUUACGUCCAAACUGCAGCAGCAGUAGAGCUUUUGUCUGGAGUACGACAGCUGAUUUCGCAGACGAGGUGGUAAAACCAGAAUUAUUGGGCGUUAGAUUUGCUAACUCUACGUGUACGUAUUCAAAAUUACUUCAGAGACUUUCUAAUGUUUUUCAAGACAUUUAAUUACGUUAAUUACUGCAAUUCAAUGGCACUUAAAUGUUAUUAAAUAUCUGGAUGUUUGAUUCCUUGCACGAGUGAGAGUUUAUGUCUGGUACCUUGAGCUCAAACCACCAAGACCUCAGACUUUCCAAGUCUUUAGGUCAUGUUACUUUGAUGCAUACCAAACAAAGAGUCCAUUCAAACCUUAGUUCUUUAAUUUAAACGACAGAUUGAUCUAUGUAGGUCAUUAUCUUUUUUAUCCAUGGUACUAAAUUUAGAUUGCCCUAACCGUAAAACCUCGAAAUUUCAGCUUCUCAAGACACCAGAGAGAUAUCAUUAUGGUACAAUUUGUGAUUUCAUUUUUUUAAAAGCACUGAUACAAACGAGAAUCAUAGAAAUAAAAAACUUGUGGAAUAGCUGUUUGGCCGUCUAGAUAAAAGCAAUCGACAAAUGGAAGUAUCACACUCCCAUUUUAAUUCGGUCUGCAGGUUCCGAAGGAAAUAACCCUUCGUUAUGUAACAUAAACGAAGUGAGACCUGUAUAUUCUCACCAUAUUACUCAACGACGUGAGAAAAGAGUACCAAUAAACAAAAACAUUAUCUAUCUGUAUGAGGUAGAUUCGGAGUAAUAAGCAAUUAGUACAUACCCUCCAUCACAGUCGGUUCUGAUUCUUUCCGAUCCCUGUUUGCCAGAUAGAGUUCUAGGCAAGAAGCUUUCUUCGUCUAGACCAGGUCAAUGGCUACACACUUGUGUUGUGUCAUAGCCUUAUGAUAGAUUUUCCCCCACAUACUCCACUCACUUCUCGAUACGAAAUGUCCAGGGCGCUCAAUCUGGCUACUGGUCUUUUAAUAUUGUCAACUGGCGUUCCCUCUUUCCCUGGAACUUCACUCGUAGUAUAAAUAACUAGAUAGUUCAGAUAGAUAGAAAUGUGAUCAUUUGAGACGUACUAUCCGUUGAGGUUUCGUUUGAAACUUGUAACGUAAUGUAUUCAGAGAAAUUCUUCAACUUCAUUUUAAGUAUCGGGAAACGGUACCAGUAAUAUUUCGUAUAGUUUCACCACAGUGGCGAUAGAUUCCAGAACCGCUGUGAUUUUGGCGAAGGCAAAUAAACCAACUCUGCUUCUCUUUCCUGCUUUCAUUCUGAAUGUGUCUGGAUAAACACGACCCGUAUUCGGCCUCCUAUUGCCGCCGUCACAAACGGCGUUAAACCAGGUAAUAUACGGAGUUAGUUUGAAUAUUUAUGUUCGUAGCAUACCCAUACGUAUAACCAAAUCGGUGGUAAAUCAAAGGGUCACCGAAAGGUUAUGUAGAAAGGUAUUCUAUGAAAUUAUGUCUAUUGACUUAGUGUUGUAGCCCAUUUAUAGGUUUAGGUUCCCUGCGAUAGGCCACACCCAAGGUCGUUGAUACUAUCUGGUUACCCAAACCAAAGUAGGUGUUCCAGGCUUCGAAACCGGUACCUACUAGUAAAAUGUCAAGCUUUCUAGCCACAAAGCUAUCGUUCCACUUACUAACCUGGUCUUAGACACAGUUUGAUCGUAAAUUCAUCGGCCAUUCAGGACUUAUUCACAGCGUUAUUUCAAUGCUCUUUAAAGAAAUUUGCAUCAUCAUGUAAAACUUUGCCAUUCCAGUUAUUUACAUUCAUUUAUGCCAAUUGUUUUACACUAUCUCAAUGUAAAAUUUUUAUCACAUAUUUGGUUGUAAGCAGCUGACGAGAAACCUCGAAAUAUUAUGAAUUCAUACUAUUCUGCAUCAAUAUUUGUUCUUGCUUUAUUCAAACCACAAGUGUUUGUUUUCUCCACAUGGUAUGACUUUUUAAACAUAUUUGCUACUGGUAUAAAACUUGUAAGCAAGGAGACAAGUAGAUGACUGAAUUCUAUGAUAAAACGAUAGAUAUGAAGGGAAAACGAUAUAUUCUAGGCUGGAUUCAUCUUCCAAAACUUGUGAUAUCGUAGUUUCAUCGACCUUCAACAAUCGUCAGUUAAUGUAGUGUGGCAGACUAAACCGGUGCACAUGACUGGCUGAACGGUCAGCUUACAGUACGACUUUGACUCUUGACUGUAUACCUGUGAUUCUUUAGAGAAGUCGACAUCUCUGAACAUCACAGAUGAUAUAACCUGACAGUUAGUCAAAUUGUUCGUGCUCGUGAGGCCUUUGUCAACCAACUCAUUAUGUCUGAUAAGUCCACUACGGUGACUCAAUCAGGAUACCAAAGUAAUCCAUUUUGUAAUGUCGGUGUGAUAGGUCCUGUGUUUGUAUGUAUUUCAUUUAUCACUUCUGAGUUAAUCACUACUAAACACUGAUAUUAUAGCUAUGCGUUUGUCUCAUCGAAGAAUGGCACACGUGUUUCUGUUACACUGUUUGUGAAAGUUAGCUUUUGUGUAUCAGAAACGUGCCCCAUUAUUACCAGGCUUGAAUGGUAUUAGUUGUAGAUUGUGAGGUGUGGGCGUCACAAUCUUUCACACUGUGUGUGUGUUCCGUCAUUAUGACUACAAAAUAUGUAAAUAGGAGUAAGAAUCGCGAGAAUGAAGAAAAAGUGUCACAACAUGUAGAAGAAAAAUGUUAAAUGUAAUGUUAUAAGAAGGAAUAAACUUACAGUUUGUCGUUCGGGGUACUAGACACGUCAAUUUAACCCUUAGAAAUGCCACAGGCGUUCAGGGUUUGUCAACGCAUUUGUCCGUAACACGUUUGUGAUCGAAGGAUACCGAACCCAGUCAAACCGGAAGUCAGGAAUAAAGAAGUCCGAGGACUUAUUUAGAAAGUUUUCGAUGUGUUAAAAAGUAUGUGAUCUAAGCCGGCUAGUAGCUACGAGAGAUGAGUAGUACGGCGUACACAAUGAUGACCUUGUGUAAUUCAUUGACUAAGUGUCCUAAGUUGUAUUAAGUAGAUAAAAUGAAGUCAGCAUCCAUGUUGAAGACCUAC